AUGGCGUCAGCAGCUCCAUCCCCAGAGCAUGUGCAGCUCGUCUGCAAUCUCCUCGCAAAGACACUCGACCCAAGCGAGCGCAAGAACGCAGAAGAUCAACUCAAACAGGCACAAACCCAGCCAGGGUUCCUCCAAAUUCUCAUCGCCCUAAUUCAGAAUGUGCUCGUCCACAGCAACGACGCUGUUCGCCUCUCUGCCGCAAUCAAGCUCAAAAACAUUUGCAGGACCGCUUGGGACCAGGAAUCUGCAGAAGAGUCGGCAGUAGAUGCACCCUUCGUCGUCGACCCACAAGAUAAACUUGCCCUCAAGCAGAGCAUCAUCCCCUUGCUCGUCUCGAUUUCUACCUCAACAGAUGGUAGACCCCCUGCACCCACCAACGUCCGUUCGCAAUUGGAAGAAGCUAUCGCUCUCGUGGCAGAACGCGACUUCCCACACGACUGGCACAAUCUCAUGGACGAUCUCGUGCCCAAACUGGCAUCUACAGACGAUCAGCUCGUACUCGGCAUCCUCCGCACAGCGCAUACCAUCUUCUACAGAUGGAGAUCCGCUUUCCGCAGCGACGCGCUCUACAGCGAAAUCAACUACGUCCUCGGCAAGUUCGCAGUCCCGCACCUCGAGCUGCUCAAACGCACAGAUCAGAGGCUGCUCGACCCAGUCACUCCUUCUACCGCAUUGCCUGUGCUCGGCAGCAUCCUCAACAUGGCGCUCCAAGUGUUUUACGACCUUUCCAGCCAAGACUUGCCGCCCCAAUUUGAAGACAACAUGGCCCCGAUCAUGGAGAUUCUCGCGCGUUGGAUUUCGCAAUCGCGCCCGGAGCUCGAUCAGGACCCGGACGAGCCUUGUCCACUUCAAGAGAUCCGCAGCAGCAUCUGCGAAAUCGCCGAACUGUACACAAAGAGAUACCUCGACGCUUUCUCUCAGUUGCCCGUCUUUGUGCAGGCCAUCUGGGAGAUGUUGGGCACCUGCACGCUCUCCCAAAAGUACGACACACUCGUUUCCAAAGCCGUUGGCUUUCUUUCCAUCGUCGUCCGGAUGGGCAGCUCGCGCGAGAUGUUCCAGUCUACCGAAACGCUCGAGCAGCUGUGCAGCGCCAUCAUCUUGCCCAACAUUGCCAUUCGCGAAGCAGACGAGGAGCUGUUCGAGGACAACCCCAUCGAGUAUAUUCGUCGUGAUCUAGAGACGAGCAUGGAAGCUGAUACACGAAGGAAAGCAGCUUCUGAGUUCUGCAGGUCGCUCAUGGAGUUCUUCGCCGCAGAGGUGACCAGCAUCGUUUCGCGAUACAUCGUGCAGUAUCUCGAGCAGUACCGUGCCGAUCCUCAGACCAAUUGGAAGCAAAAGGACACCGCCAUCUACUUGCUCAGUUCGAUUGCCUCCAAGUCAUCCACCGCACAGCAUGGUGUCACCUCGACCAACGAGCUCGUCGAUGUUGUCCAGUUCUUUUCGGAUAAUGUCUUUGCCGAUCUGCAGUCGAGCUCCGACGACUCGCCCAGCCCCAUCUUGCAGGUUGAUGCCAUCAAGUACCUCCACACGUUCCGCAACCAGCUGACAAAAGAACAGCUCGUCUCGGUGCUGCCGCUGCUGGUACAGCAUCUCGAGAGCUCGCAGUAUGUCACGUGCUCGUACGCCUCGAUCACCAUCGAGCGCGUGCUCGCGCUCAAGCGUGACGGCAAGCUGCUGUUCACGCCUCAGGAUGUGCAGCCUUUUGCCGAGAACAUCCUCAUGGCCUUGUUCCGCAACAUCGAGCGCGGCACCACACCGGAGAAGCUCGCAGAGAACGACUACCUCAUGAAGUGCAUGAUGCGCAUGCUCGCUACAGUGCGCGAGGCCAUCGCGCCCGCUCACGCUGCCAUCUUGGGACACCUGGCCAACAUCUUGACGGAGAUCAGCAAGAACCCGUCCAACCCUCGCUUCUCGCAGUUCCUGUUCGAGUCAAUCUCGGCGCUGAUCCGGUUCACCGUGGCUGCGCAGCCCGAUGCUCUGGCCGCGUUCGAAGCGCAGCUCUUCCCGCCGUUCACCAUGAUCUUGAGCCAAGACGUGGCCGAGUUCCAGCCGUACGUCUUCCAGAUCCUCUCGCAGAUGUUGGAGCUACACACGACGCAAGGCCUGCCUGAGGCGUACUCGUCGCUGCUCCCGCCCAUCUUGACGCCCUCAUGUUGGGAGAACAGAGGCAACGUGCCCGCGCUCGUACGCCUUGUGCGCGCCUUCCUCGCAAAAGACGCCCCGCGCAUCGUGGCGCAAGGACAGCUCGCCGCCAUGCUGGGCAUCUACCAGAAACUCAUCUCGACGCGCAUCAACGAAAGCUUUGCGCUCGAGCUGCUCGAGACGCUCUUCGAAGCGGUACCCGCCCAAGCGCUGGACCAGUACAAACGCGCCGUGUUGACGCUCUUGCUGACGCGGUUGCAGCAGAGCAAGACGGACAAGCUGGUCAAGGGGACGAUCCACUUUGUGAGCAGUAUUGCGCUGACGGACAAAGGGCCAGAUUACGCGGUGGAGACUUUUGAGUCAGUGCAGGCAGGGCUGUUUGCGCAGAUUGCCAUUGGCGUGGUCGCGCCCGAGCUGGCGAACGUCGCUGAGAGGCAGAAGAAGGUGGUGGCCGUUGGGUUUGGAACGCUGCUGUUGAAGUCGAGCAAGAUGCGACAGCAGCCGAACGCGGCUGCACUUCCUACGUUGCUGUCGGCACACUUGAAGCUGCUGCUCACCCCAAGCUCGGCAACAGCCACGCAGGAUGAGGAUCUGCUCUACGCCGACGAAGACAACACCACGGCUGUGUCGUACCAGAGCAACUUCAGCAAGUUGGCCGCGUCAGAGACGACAAAGGUCGAUCGCACCGGCGGCGUGUUGCAGGGCAAAGAGGUAAAAGUGUGGUUCGAGGAGGCUUUGGUACAGUGGAGACGCGAGGUCGGUGAAGAGGUGUGGAACGCCGUGUGGGGCGCAGUGGAUGCCGAUGUUAGGGGUGCGUGGGAGAGGAUGUAA